AUGCCCUGCACUGGGCACCUGGCGCUGCACCUGACAGCCCUACUCGUAUUCCCAAUCCGUGUCCAUCGACAGUUUCAUCCUCUUAUUUCCAACCCUCAGUCGAUAACAUCUUCAUCCACUGAUAAAAUGGCUGACGAGAGAAUUGUGCUUCCGAGCAUCGCCGAGAUCGAAGCAUCAACCGAUAUCCUCAGCGACCCCAGCAGAUCCGUCAAGGUUGUCCGAGUAAGAGAGCGCUUCGCGGUCAAAGUGGGCACCUCCAUUGCGCCGCUAGAAGCAGAGAAUAUGCAGUUUGUGGCUGCUAACAGCAAGAUCCCUGUCAUAAAAGUCCAUGAUCAUUUUGUCGAUCCGGAGACCCAGAAACGAUACAUAAUCAUGGAUCAUGUCCCCGGUACCGAUCUGCAGAAGUUAGCGCCGUCUCUUCCGGAAAACCAGAAGAAGACGGUCAGCAAACGCAUUAGAGAGGCGCCUGAUGAACUGCGACGUAUCCCUUCCAAGGGUAUUUUGGGAACUUGA